AUGGCUACCGAAGAACCCCAGCUGGGCUCGAUUCAGGAGCGGAUCGCCGCCCUGCGACAAUCGCAGGCCGCCCCGGCGGCCUCUGAACCACCUUCAUAUCCCCGGCCUCCCACCGAACGAAGCAGGUCGGCCAACAACCCACCCUCCUACCAUGUCACUGGCUCCGUGUUGGAUACUGCGCCCAUUGGCAACCAGCCGGCAGAUGAUCGAACGUCCCGGCCUGCGCGAGCACCUCCACCUCCAAUCCCAUCGCCGAGGCCGGAACUGAAGCCCAAGCCCAAGGUCCCACCAACAUUGCCUACAAAGAGAGAGAGGGCUCCUCCCCCUCCUCCCCCGUCUCGUGCAGAUCCGCCACCAUCAUAUGCAGAGUCUCGACCUACGCUACCGCCACGUAGGCCGACCGGCCAACAGCGACGGCCUUCUCUGGAGUCGGUCACUUCGGACGCGUCAUACUCCACCGCAAACACCACCGCAACAAGUGUCCGAGGAGCCUCGACAACCUCUGUGAAUUCCACGGGUACAGCGAAUGGCAGAAUUAAGGCGCCUGCAUGGGGUGAGACUACACUUCCUGCGCUGCCACCGAAACGUCCAAAGGAGGAGAUCGACCUGACACCGGCUCCACGUUCUGAGUCCAAGUCAUCUUCAACCCUCGGUGGUCUAUCUUCCAAGUCAUCUUCAACUCUCGGCGGCCUGUCUGGGGGCCUCACUGCCAAAUUCAAUUCCAUGCGAGGAAAAGCCCCGGCGCCUUCCUCGUCUUCUUCAUCCUCCCGCCCUAGUUUACCAUCACGUCCCAGUCUACCCUCCCGGCCAAGUGAAUCUUCAACUCCUACCUUACCUUCUCGUCCGCAGGCCAAUGGAAAUGCUCCUCCCGUUCCACAGUUGCCACCACGACGACCUUCUGGCCUGGAGGCGCAAUCAAAUGGAGGAAGUGACGCAGAGGAAUCAAGGCCCGCCCUUCCAGCUCGCAGACUGCCUCCUAGGGCAUCUGCAUCAGACCUUAAUAGUAUUCGAAAGACCGGCUUUGGGGACCUCAAUAGAGCACCGACUAAUAAUGGAACACCCCCGCCUAUUCCACAUGGUUCGCGACCAGAUCUCUCCAAGAUCAUGGCAACGAAGCCGCGAUUCGGCGCUUCGUCACAACCCGUCGCUCCGGUUGGAACAUCAGAUACCUGCUGCAUGGCCUGUCGAGAUUUCUCGGCCCCUGACGCACACGCUGAGCGGUAUCCACGAGAAACGCUCCCUUCAUACGAUAUCGGUUGGCUGGCUAAUGAGCUGACUGCACCCUUCCCCUCCGCCACGGACAAAGCGCGAGCCAUCUUCAAGUGGCUGCACCAUAAUCUCAUUUAUGACACGUAUUCAUUCUUCAACAAUUGCGUCAAGCCUUCUACUCCAAGCAGCACGCUAGCUUCCGGGCUGGCUGUCUGCGAGGGAUUUGCCGGGCUUUUCGCUGCCUUGGCUACAAAGGCGGGUCUUGAAGCCGUUGUGGUAUCAGGCCACGGCAAAGGGUACGGCCACAAAGAGCUUACCCCAGGAGCUGCCAUCCCACCUUUCGAUGCCGGUCACGCCUGGAAUGCAGUGAGAAUCGACGGGGGUCAAUGGAAACUAGUCGACCCCUGCUGGGGCGGCGGUCAUAUCUGCGAGCCUUCGGGUGGAUUGUAUAAGCAGGAAUUCCAUCCGCAACAGUUCAACAUGUCAAAUGACGAGUUUGGUCUCAAACAUUUCCCCUCGAACAAAGAGCAUUUCUUCCGAGAUGACGGCCGGCCCGAGAUCGGUUGGGAGGAAUAUAUGCGCACAAACCCGGAUAAUCCCCUUGGUGGCUCUCCGAUUAAGUUUUAUAGCUUUGCUGAUAAGAACGAUAUCGGUCGAUCCACUAUGCGUCCGGCUGAUGGCCGUCUUUCGGUUUACAGUUUGGCUAGCCCCGUACGUUUCCAGUUCGGAUUGAUUUGUGAACAUUGGACGUUGGCGCAUCAUAGCCGGAUGAAACCAGCCCUCUUCUUGCUGGCCAUUAAGGGCAUUGAUGGCCGCAAAGAAGAGCGUCUUCCUCUCCAUUAUGUGCCCGGGUCUGGACCCGGCGGUGGUGGUGCAUGCUGGUACGUGGAUGUUCCCGACGCUCGGAUGCUGGGUGCGCCUGGUCAGAAAGUGAUUCUUCUUGUUUUGAUGACACUCGGUGAUCGGGAUGAUUGUCGCGGGAUUACGAGAGAUGAAUAUUUGGCAAAGGAGGGUCGCGUGGGUAUGUCGUGGCAAUAUAUUUGCGAGUGGGAAUUGGUGCGGUAA